CUCACACACUCCUCUUGUCAGUCACACAGUCAGUGCGUCCAAUAUUUGUGUGUGUGUUUGUGUGUGUGAUGUUGACAAGCCCUCAUCCUUCAUCUCUAUGACUGACGGACUAGAAAGACAGACAAAAGGACAGAAGGAAGCCCAGUUUGAAAAAGAGGAAGCCCCCUAAGUCAGUCUACUUCCUGUCAACCCCUCCGCUGCUGUCUAUGAGCCGCUCUGAGGCGCUGUGUUGGAUUUCCCGGCGUUCCUGACAGCAACAGCGGAAGACACCAUGUCCUCGCCUUCCCUCCCCAUGGCGUCCCUCCCUCCGAGCCCGCUGGCCAUGGAGUACCUCAACGACUUUGAUCUCCUCAAGUUCGAGGUGAAACCCGACACGCCCCCGCUCUCUGCUCAGUGCACGUACCCCAAAUCUGGCCUGCCCCACGACCCCUCCAGCUCGCCGUACGCCGGCCAUCCUCCCCAGGACUCCAGUUUGAGCUCCAGCCCUUACAACUCGCUGCCGCCCUCACCGACACUCAGCGACGCCCAACCGCCGCCUUCGGGCUCGUCCUCCCUCUCUUCUUCGUCCUCCUCCAUGUCCUUCCCGCUGUCCAUGUCCAACAGCUUCACGUCGGGCGUCAGUUCCGGCUCCCAGGGGAACGGAGACGGCAGCCCGGCCCACGGCGGGCCUCAGGGCCCCACCCCGGCCUCGCUGGAGGACCUCAUCUGGUUUGCGGCGCUGCAGCAACAGUUUGGAGGGGAGGUCACGGGGCCCGCCACGCUUCUGGGCGCACUCGGGGGUAGUGGCGACAGAGAGAGGGCGCCGGUCAACGGCUUCCUGGGCUGUGAGGACGCUGUGGAGGCUUUGCUGAACUCGGCUGCGGCCGCCGUCACCUCACAGUUUCCAGGUCUUUCUCAGAGUUCCAGCAGCAACAUGGGAGACUCGGGAAGCGACAGCGGUGCCGACGUGUCCUGCGCCAAGGGGACAGACGUGGGCCACCGCCCGCUCGUCUUCCUGUCCUCCAACACUCCUUUGCUGCCCAACGGCACCGCCGCGUCGGCAGCCUACCAGCAGCCCCUAAGCCCUCAGGGCCGCCUCGUCCCCCUCCCGCAUCACCACCAUCAUCAGCACCACCUUCACCACUCCAUGCAUGGCGGCCAUCACCAUCAUCAUCACCCACAAUGCGGCGCGAACGAGCGCUUCUCCGACGAGCAGCUGGUGAGCCUGUCGGUCCGCGAGCUCAACCGCCACCUGCGGGGCGUCAGCAAAGACGAGGUGGUGCGCCUGAAGCAGAAGCGACGCACCCUCAAGAACCGCGGCUACGCCCAGUCCUGCCGUUACAAGCGCUUACAGCAUCGCCACGCACUUGAGUCGGAGAAGCACGUGCUAAGUCAACAGCUGGAACAGCUACAGUGUGAGCUGACUCGGGUGCUGAGGGAGCGAGACGCCUACAAGGCCCGGUACGAGAAGCUCCUUGGCAACAACAACCUUGGCGCCGGGGAGGCCCCGAUCGGCCGCGGCGGCAGCCCGCCUUCGCCGUCGCCCGACUUCUUCCUCUGAGUGCAGAGAAGAUGGGAUAGGAGGGAAACGAACUGUUGGUUUUAGUUGGGUUGAACUCAUCUCUAGGCUGCUUUUUGGACUACACUGUGAAUGAUCGUUGAACUUGCUCGGAUGGGAAGACACCUUUUGUGAGCAAAAGUCUUGGGACACAUCUCUUAAGCAAACAGGGGUUCACAGUAAUAAUUCACUUUAGUAGGGUUGGGCGAUAUAGACGAUACAAAUGAGAUCAUUUUGGCCGAUGAUAGGUUUUAACAUAUCGUGAUGAUGCAUAUUGACGACACAUUCUAGCUGUGUUACGCAAAUUCGACAGCGACAAUGUAGCAUUCUUGCUAGGCUGCUAGAGGCUAACGUCCCUCCACAGUGCAAAGCCACUUCUAAGUCAGUAAUACAAAUAAACUAAGUUUCUUACGACGAGGAGUAGCUAAACGUGCUACACUAGACACCGCAGGAAGAUAUGCUAACAUUUAAGCUUGAGCUCUUUAAUGUAAACAUUGGUGGGCGGAUGGAUACAAAUAUCGACAGUAACGAUCAGUCAAUCAAUGUUUAUUUAUAUAGCCCUAAAUCACAAGUGUCUCAAAGGGCUGCACAAGCCACAACGACAUCCUCGGUACAGAGCCCACAUAAAGGCAAGGAAAAACUCACCCCAGUGCGACGUCGAUGUGAAUGACUAUGAGAAACCUUGGAGAGGACCGCAUAUGUGGGUAACCCCCCCCCCCCUCUAGGGGAGACCGAAUGCAAUGGAUGUCGAGUGGGUCUGACAUAAUAUUGUGAGAGAAAAUCGACAACAUUCUUCUUGGGACCAUUUUUCAACCUGAGGUAGUUCCAAAAAAGAAGCUUCAGAUAUGAGUAUAAGAUCAGUAUAUGGCCAAUACUACAAGGGUUAUAUUGAUAUUUAUUAUUGUCAAAUAAAUAGUUGUUUUUGUUAUUAUUUACAAACUCAGGAAAUAGGUUCCCUGACACAGGAGGACUUUAAGAGAUCAAAAACUAAGGAUUUAAAUCAGAGCCAAUAGUAGGAAACAAUGACAAUAAUUAAUAUUAUUCAAAUCACUAUCCUGUGUUUUUGUCUGAUUAUAAUUGUGAUAAAAAAUUUAAUCAUUCAAUAAUCUUGUCAAUUUUAAGUAUCUGUAAACCCACAAUUGUAAUAUCAGCCAAAACGAAUGUAAUGUAUCAGAGCAACAGUAAAUUAACAAGUAGAUUAAUAAUACAGCUGGAAAUGAUGCAAUAUGUUACCACAUAUGUAACCAGCUUUGAAAUGGCUCUACAGUAACAAGGGAAUUCAUAUGGCCCCAUUCGUCGCGGUUUACCUGACACAUGAAACGUGACAAAAUGGGCUUUAGCCGCCAGACGGCAGUAGACUGUUGAAUAUCUUAACAUGCGUUUUGUGGCAAUUCCAACUUUGACCACAGCGUCAGUUGCUACGUAAAAGGGACAAUUUCCAUCAUUUUCAUCAUACUGCAUUGCAAAAUAAUGUACACCUCCUUUUCCUCUCACGUGAGAUCCACCCAGGAAUGGGGCCAUAUGAAUCGCUUCCCUACUGUAUUAUAAUUGAUAUACCAAAUAAUACAUUGUGAUGUAUAUAUCGUCGUAUCGCCCAUCCCUACACCUUAGAACAGGGGUCGGCAACCUUUACCAGUCAAAGAGCCAUUUUGACCAGUUUCACAAAUCAAAGAAAUCAAUGGGAGCCACAAAAUUCUUUUGAAAUUUAAAAUGAAAUGACACUGCAUACAAAGUUGUUGUUUUUUUGCUUUGUGCUAUGUAUAAACCAAGGGUUUCGAGUUUGGUAUGAAUGGCGCUUGACAGCGUCAUACUUGUCAACCUCCCAAUUUUACCAGCAUAUUACGAAAUUCAGGGCAACUAUUCUCUCCAACGUACCGUGAUGGAACAGUAUUUAGCGCCCUCUACAUCCAGUGUGCCGGCCCAGCCAAACGUGGUAUGGAACUUCUGCUUGCUCACGUAAGUGACAGCAAGGCAUAGUUGCUCAACAACCACACAGGUUACACGGACGGUGGCGGUAUAAACUUUAACACUCUUACUAAUAAUGCGCCACACUGUGAACCCACACCAAACAAGAAUGACAAACACAUUUCGGGAGAACAUCUGCACCGUAACACAACAUAAACACAACAGAACAA